UCUGCUAAGAAAAAGAAACACACACUCGGAAAACAUAACCUCAAAAUAUUUUUUUCAAUAAACAAGUUUCAUUAAAAUUAUUAUGAGAAAAUAAUUGACUUGAGAAUAGAAUAUAAAAGAAAUCUACUGAAUGUAAAACUGCAGUUACAUUUAUAAUAUUGAUUUGGAAAAAUGAACAUUAUCUCAAGAGUUACACAGCUAGCAGCAAAUAGUUUAUUUCCAAGAGUACUUAUGAGAAAUACUGAAAAACAUAAUAUACACAGUUUAUGCGGCAAUAUUACAUCGAGAAUUGGGGGAAAUUUACAAGAUUACAAUUCUGCAUGCUCAGGACUAUUACUACAACCGAAACUACCAAUUUUCAAUCAAUUAUGUGGCAUGAAAUACAAAGUUAACUUAAGAUUGCGUUGUAGAGGAUGUUACUUUGUACACAACAAAGGAGUAAGGUAUGUAAGAUGCAAAGUGAAGCCAAGACAUAAGCAAAGUGCCUUUGCUCCUAAGGAAAGAAAUACCUGGAUAUGGACAUGCGUAACUCAAAGUAAAAAAAGAGAAUGGUAGAGAAUAUAUUGUCGAGAUUGUAAAUAAAUUAAAUACAAACUGAAUUUUUAUUUAA